CAGAGUGAACGACCGUAUUCUCUCCGCGAACGGCGUCUCAUUCGAAAGCAUCGACUAUUCGAGCGCUGUCGAUAUUAUCAAGAACGCUGAGCAUAUCAAUAUGAUUGUAAAACGACGAGUUGCUAUGCCUAUUAUGGAAUUUGAACAGCGUACGCUGAAGUUUACGCUCUCUAAAUCAAGAAAAAAGGAUGAUUUUGGCAUCGUGUUAGGCUGCAAAUUCUAUAUCAAAGAAAUUCGGAAUCCAAAGUUAGCAGAAAAGGAUCCAGGGUUAAGAGAAGGUGACUCGGUGCUACGAAUAAAUGGUCAAAGCGUAGAGGGAUCAACUCUAGAGGAAGUGAAUAAGUGGCUGGAGAGGUGA